AACAACACGCUCACUGUACGGAGACAGUUCUAAAGAGGAGGGCUUAUCAAAGUCCAUCCCCACCCAGAAUUCACCAGCCGACGUGGUAUGAACGGCUUGUAUUGUCUAGGACUAACAUACUAGCUAGAUUUCAGAAGUGAGGAUUUCCCCAGGAAAGUGUUAAAAUGGUGGAGUAUGAAGAUAUUCUUAUAGAAGUCGGACAACUAGGAUGGUACCAGUUGACAUUGGUAUUACUGAUCGAUGUUGGAUGGAAGUUCAACACAGGCUGGGACAUGAUGCUCAUGAUUUACGUCGGAGCAAACCCGGGUUACACCUGCCCAAACACGAACCUUCUCAACGUUUCUGGUUUGACCAAUCAAACGUGGCCAACGUCUUCUCUGAUGCAGUCUACGCCGUCGUAUCUCGGCAGCAACGCCACAAAUCGGACAGGUCUGGUAAAAGACCAGUGUGGUCCCACCAAUGAAAUUUGUGAUGGAUAUGUCUUCAAUAAGGACUUUACAUCCAUAGUCUCUGAGUGGCAACUGGUAUGUGGGACCGAUUUUGUCAGUGACACCAUUACGUCAUUACAAAUGGCCGGUGUGUUGUUCGGAUCUCUAAUUUUUGGGCAACUCUCCGACUGGUUUGGGAGAAAGAAGACAUUCUACACCGCUAUUAUGAUGGUUAGUCUAUUCGGAUUCAUUCAGAGUUUCUCUGUUAAUUGGUAUAUGUUUGCUGCUUUGCGAUUUUUUAAUGGGGUAGCAAUUGGAGGAGGCAUAGUGAUUGGUUUUGUGUGGUCAGUCGAGUUUCUUGGUCCAAAAUACCGGCCGAUCCUCGGCGUCUUUGGAGCCUGGCCAUUUGGAGGAUGUAUACUCACUGCCAUAGCCUAUUUCACAAGAGAUUGGCGACAGACCAUGAUGGGCACUUCUCUUCCUGGGUUUCUGUGGCUUUUUGCUUGGUGGUAUCUUCCCGAGAGCCCAAGAUGGCUGCUUACACAGGGGAGAUAUGACGAGGUCAAGGCCAUUACGCAAAGAAUCGCUGAGAGAAAUAAGAAACCUAUGCCAGAUAUAGACACUUUCUUUAAAGACUAUGAGACACAAAGACGGCUCCAAGAAGGCGAGAAGCAUGUGAGCACAACGUAUUGGGAUCUAUUUCGAACACCUGCUAUGGCAAAAAUGACGCUUUCUUUCAUGUUUGUCUGGUUCAGUGUCAGCGUGAUCAGUUAUGGACUGCAAUUUAACUUGAAGAACAUGGCAGGAGACAUCUAUAUCAAUACUCUUAUUAAUGUCGGCACAUUGUGGGUUUUCAAUGUCGUGCUCAGCGUACUGCCAAUGUAUUUUGGCAGAAAGAAGUGCAUCAUCAGCUAUCAGUUCAUUGCCGUUAUAAUUUUGAUUCCAGUCGUGGUUUUGUAUGUUUUAGAAAUCAAUGAAGAAUACUGGCUUAUCACCAACAUCCUCUCCACCACGGCUAAUAAUCUUGUGUCCACUUCUUGGACAAACUUGUUUGUAUGGACGGGAGAGAGCUACCCAACACGUGUCAGAGACAUAGGGAUAGGUUUAAACUCCAUGGCAGCCAGAGUGGGAGGGAUUCUUGCGCCCCAGACAGCUUACCUGACCAAAUUUUGGAACAUCUUCCCCUUCGUCCUGAGUGGGGCGUUAUCCUUGGCGUCUGGGCUUUUAAACUUGACUCAGGAUGAAACACGAGACAAGUUAAUGCAAGAUGACCUUCCAGAAAGGACUUGGUGCUUCUGCGGUAAAAAAGACGAUGAUGAUGACCUUUCAAGUGACCGCUGGUCAGUGAAAAAUGGAACCAACAGUGAUGUCAGGCGUGCACACGUGAAUGAGGGUUUUCAAGAUACAAAAAUUUGAAUAUGGACAGUAAAUGCACAAACUAAAAAAAUGUUACCAAACUACUAGCAACCGUUAACUGUACUUAUUUUCAGUAGCAUAAAACAUUUUAUUUCACUGAUCUUUGGGUCAUUGAGAUCAGGUGACCCACCCCUUCUUCUCGGUUCACUUGCACACUGUCAAGAACACUUCCGAUUCGAGAUUUUCAAGAAAAAUCAAUCGACUGGUUAUAGGCAGUGAAUAAAAUAGUUAUCAUUUGAAGCGAAAUAAUGGAAGUUUUUUGUUAUGUCAGUUUAGAGUAGCUAUACAAUCGAAUGUUUUACACUACUUAACAGGGGUAUGUUGAUCGGCUAGGUAAAAUUUAUAAUAGGGAAAUAACCUUAUAAGGUCAUGCACUGGUCGCUCUGAAAAAAUGUAAGUCGCUCUUUGCAUUCCCUGACCAACAAAAGAUACUCAACUUAUUGUUAAACUUUCCGGCGUUGUUGGGAAU